AUGCUGGAAUUGGUAGAAUUUGUGCAGAGUUUAGUUUUCGUUGCUAACGGUCUAAAUGUGAAAUUGGCAGAGGCGAUUACUGGCAUCAGGCAUCAGUGUUUCUUCUCAAUGGCAGAAGCUUGGGCCGAAUUGGAAAGCGAUCCAGGUCUUUUUACUCUCUUGCUGAAAGACUUUGGUGUGCAGGAUGUCGAGGUUGAAGAAGUUUACGAUCUACAUUCACCGUUAGAAGGACCAUCAUAUGGAUUCAUAUUUUUGUUCAAAUGGCUGGGGAACACUCGGCGAAGCCGUCAUGGCAGCUUUGGUCUCUCUACCAAACCGAACCAGCUGGUAACGGAUGAAGCGACGCUGAACUCGAUGUUUUUUGCCAAGCAGUGUUUGUUUUUUUAUAACGUACCAAAUUCUUGUGCGACGUACGCGUUGCUGAACAUCCUGCUGAACCAGGAGAACGUUAACCUUGGCGAAACCUUGCUGUCGUUGAAAGAAGAAACGCGCGGCUUGAAUCCAGAGAAUUUCGGAAGAUACGGGAACUGCUUCCGGCGUCACCACCACGAAGAAACGUUUCAUUUCGCCAGCUACCUUCCCAUCAAUGGUCAUCUUUAUGAGCUGGACAGUCUCAAGGCAUACCCAGUCGAUCACGGUGUCAUUCCCGAAUCCAUGGAGUGGACCCAGUUUUUUCAACAGAUCAUCCUCGACCGCUUUUCGUUCCUCAACCUCGAAAACAAUGAAGAGGAGAUUCGUUACAACCUCAUGACGCUUGUGCCCUGUAAACUGAAGAUCUGUCAGCAACGGAUGGAAAUUCUUACGGUUAAUCAACGCAUCUUGUGGACUGUACUUGAGAACAUGGCCAACUUCUCUUCUACCGGAUCUAUUUCUUUACCAGCGGUGCGGGUUAGCACGCGGUCGAUGAACGCUGAUGAUAAGCAUCAGAGGUUGGUCAACUACGUUAACGCCGUCCUGGCCAUGGCCACGACCGAAUUUGGCCCCAAGCCUUUGGAUAAUAGCUCAGUUUCUUUGCGUGUCGGCGCCCGUGGCAAACACAAUGACCUCAGUGCGGAAUCUGUGUUCACCACAAAGAUUAUCCAUUAUGAGGACCUGGCACCGCUUAUCAAGGACGUCGAAGAAGAGAUUCGCAACGUAAGGUUCAUCAUAAAAGAGUUGGAGUACCGUGCAAAACGGUACGAAAUCGAUGAUCAGCGCCGAGUACACGACUAUGACCCGUUCAUUCGCACGUUCCUGUCGAUGUUGACUUCGCAGAAGUCGAAUUCGUCCUGA